CAUGCAACAUCAAGGUGUAUUAAGAAUAGGAUCAUAAGAUUCAUUCUCUAGAAAGAGCCAGAUGAAUCAAUUGCAUACAACUCCCAGUCAUCGAAAAACAUCACAAAAUAAAUAAUAAUCAAUAGAUUAAAUACCAGAUAAUGCAUUAGAAAAGUUUUACUUAUAUAAACAGAAAAAGAAUGAUAUUAGAAUGAAAUAAUAAUUAAGCAAAUAGACACAAAGAUCUACAUAGAAUUCUAUUGCAUAAUAAAAUAAGUUCUUCAUCAAUGCCAAUUUCGUUAACAAUUAAGGUGGAUAAUAAAAACGUUCUGCAUAAUCUGUUACUAUUGAAGGCAUGGAAUCAGUCAAAAGAACCAUUAAAACUGAUAUGGGAAAUCCUGCAUCAGUAUUAGGUAAAGCAAAAAGUCUAGGCCCUGAUGAAUAAAUGUAAUAAGUCAAACAUCAUAAUGUUGUUGUUAGAUUUGGAAAUUAAGACUUUUAUUUUUAUUUUGAAUCUCAGUAUGUCUAUAGUAAUAUUUCUUUAGUUAUAAUAUGAGAUAGAUUUGGUUUCAAAUUUUGUAAAGAUUACAUGAUUUAGAAUUUGCAAAUCCAUAAGAAUGUUAUGCUAAUCUUAAAGAUAAACCAUCAGUUAAUUAAAUAGUUAGUUUUGUAUCUUAAUAACAUUCAAUCUCUAUAGAUUAUUAUAUUGCCUAACCAGAAUUAUCGUUUAAUGUUUUUAUGGAUUCAGGGUUGAAAUUAGAAGCAUUCUUAUUAUAAUCAACUCCUGAACCUAAAGUUGGUUUGAAAGACUUUAUAUUCCUAAAAAAUAUAGGAGUAGGAGGCUUUUCUUUAGUUUAUCUUGUUAGAAAGAAGGAUACUGGAAAAUUUUAUGCUUUAAAAUUAAUAGAUAAAGAAUUUAUAAUUGCAAAAAAGAAAUAAUAAAUUGUUUUGAAUGAAAGAAACAUAAUGACUUUACUUAACAGUCCCUUUUUAUUACAUUUAUCAUAUGCAUUUGAAUCAAGAUAAUUUGUAGUAUUUGUAUUAGAAUUUUGUUAAGGAGGAGAACUCUUUUUUUAACUAAAAUAAAUUAAAAGAAUGAGUGAAGAAUAAGCUUGUUUUUACAUCUCUGAAAUAUGUUUGGUAACUAAUUAAUUAUUAUAAUAAGGGCUUAUAAGAAAUUCAUUCUCUAAAUAUAUUAUAUAGAGAUAUAAAGCCUGAAAAUAUUUUAAUGGAUAUUGAAGGUCAUGUUAGAAUAGCUGAUUUUGGUUUAAGUAAACCUGAAAUUGGAAGAGAAGAAAAAGCAUAUAGCUUUUGUGGAUCUCCAGAAUAUAUGGCACCAGAAAUGUUAUUAAAGCUUGGUCAUUCCUAAACAGUAGACUUUUAUUGUUUAGGAGCAUUACUAUAUGAACUACUCACAGGAUUACCUCCUUACUAUUCAACAAAUACUAAUCAAAUUUACUAAGAUAUUUUAUAUUCUAAAUUAACAUUUCCUAAUGAUGUAAAAUUUUAUUAUAUUAUUUAAGUUAACAUUGUCUAGAGAAGUCAAAAAUUUAUUAAUAGCUCUUCUUGAAAAAGAUCCAACUAAGAGAAUGGGUUCAAAUGGAGGAAUAUAAGAAAUUUUAAAACAUCCUUUUUUCUCAUAAAUUGAUUUUAGAUAAUUGGCACUUAAAAAAGUCAAACCUCCAUUUAAACCUGAUCCUUUAAAAAUGAAUCUAGAUGAAAAAGAGUCUCAAAGAGGAGAAUAAGAUUUUAGAAAAAAAAUAGCUUAAGGUAAAUCAAUUAAUUUGCCUGUUAUUUUUGGUUCUUCUUUUUAUUAUGAAUCUCCUCAAGAAGUUCAAACCAAAUCAGUAUAUAAAGAAUGGAUUUAGCAUACAAAUUUAUAACCAAAUACUCCUUGCGUUGCCUCUUAUCAUAGUUAAGGAAGGUAUUUAUAACUAAUGAAUUGAUUUAGGUCCGCAAAAUCCUAGGAUAUCAUUCCGUUAAUUUAAUCAGUUAAGAAUAAUCCUAGAUCUCGGUAAAUGUUAAGUUAGAAAUAGAAUUUCUAUAAGGCUUCUGGGUUAAAACCUUCUUUAGAAAGAAUAAAUUAAGAAAAAAAGUUUUUUUCUAAAGUGUGA